UACACACAAUGCAGUUCAGUUCGCUUCUAUUGUCUGUAGCGCUUUUGGUAUGCGCAUGCCAAGCGCUGCCGUUGCCAGAGCUUGAUGCAGAGGAAGCCGCCGGCCUAGCCGAGGGCGAUAUGCAGCUUACAAGCCAACAGCAACAGGCACUGCUGGCUGCACCCCAAGGCCGCAAUGGUCUGCUGGACAUGAGCAAGCGCUGGCCCAGCAAUUUGGUAAUUUACAAAAUAUCCGAGGAUUUCGAUGCGGCACAUCAGGCAGCCAUACGGCAGGCCAUUGAGACCAUUGAGGAGAAGACCUGUGUGCGCUUUAGGCCGGCCACAGCAGCGGACGUCGCUUUUGUAAGCAUUACGGCGCAGUCUGGCGGCUGCUAUACAACUGUGGGCUACACGGGCAAGUCGCAGGUCAUGAAUCUGGAGAUCUAUCCGCUGGGUGAGGGCUGCUUUAGGCCCGGCACAAUACUGCACGAGCUUAUGCAUGCGUUGGGCUUUUAUCAUCAGCAAAGCUCCGCCAUACGCGACGACUAUGUGCAGGUGGUGCAGGAGAACAUUGUGCCUGGCAAGGAGUUUAAUUUCAAAAAGUAUGCAGCAACUGUCGUCACUGACUUCGAUGUGGGCUAUGACUAUGAAAGCUGUCUGCAUUAUCGUCCUGGCGCCUUCUCUGCCAAUGGACAGGACACCAUUGUGCCUUUGGAUAGAACUGCGCAGAUUGGUCAGCGGCUGAAGCUCAGCGGCAAGGACAUUGACAAGAUCAACAUUAUGUACAAGUGUCCCAAGCUGGUUUGAGCUCCGUUACUCAAACACACACAUAGUCGUAGCGCAUAAGUAUUAGUUGCAUGUGAUAUGCCGCAGCUGAGAGUUAUGGCUGAGAAUUUAUUGGCCACAGCUGUGGAUUUAUUUAUAAUACGCACAUUGAGUUGCUUUAAAUAAAACUUAAUAUAUAAUAUA